AUGCGUCUGCUACUUCUUCUGUUGGUGAUCUUGAAAUUUUCACCAGCUACACUAGAGAAUAAUUCAACAAAAUUUGUAGAAAAUGCUUCACUGGAUACUCUUAAAUCGCGUGUGAAAAUCUCAGAGCAGUUCCAAAUACCACCAGGAACAAUUAUGGCUUUUGCAGGUGCCGUUACUCCAAAUGGUUGGCUGAGAGCUGACGGAUCAGGUGUACAUCGCGAAAAAUACCCAGAUCUUUUUAACGUCAUUGGUGAUUUCUAUGGUUCCAGAGAUGAUGCUGGUAUAUUCAAUUUACCUGAUCUUCGUGGCCGAGUACUUGUAGGUACCGGUAAAGGAAUAGGUCUUACCCAUCGUAAGUUAGGUAAUGAUUUUGGAUCUGAACAGCAUAUCCUUACUCAAAGUGAGAUGCCGACUCAUGUCCAUCCACUAGAUGAUCCUGGGCAUAGCCACGAUAUGGGUAGCCCUACGCGAGGUCAAAUUUGGGGUAUUACUGUUGGGAGUCAGCAGGCUUGCUAUGGAGUCACCAAUGGUGGUGUGACAAAUAAUCCACCUACUCUGCAAUCUCAAACAGGCAUUAAGAUGCGAUCGGUAGGUGAUGGAGCUCCACAUAACAAUAUGCAGCCAUCGAUUGCUAUGAACUAUAUAAUAAAAUAUUAA